AGCAUUCAUUUUAGUCAUAUUUCCACGCUCGCGUGUAAAAGUAAGGUGUCUUUUUGCGGUUUUGUCGUGGAAAUAUUGCCGGUUGUUCGAUUAUCGAACUUUCUGAACGCCUGAGAAGACAUGAAUCGUCCUUAGAGUAGUUGUACACCAGGGCUUGACUUACGGACACUAAUCUAGUUCGAUUAAACCAUCCCGAGGGACUCCGUUCUUCUUUCUCUUCUCAAUUUCGCCUGUGAUUAGUUCCGGAAGUGUCAGAGUGUCGAGCAGUAGCUGAGGUCAGCCGCUGCACAGUGGCACCCUUUAAGCUCUUUAGUUUUUUUCUGUUUUUAUUUUUCUUUUUUGUGUUGAAAUUUUAAUUUCUGCCAAAAUUGACGAGGAAAAGCUGGAUUAUUCAAUCGUCUUCGAAGCGAUGGCUGACAGACUAACCCAGCUUCAGGACACGGUGAAUCAGCAAGCGGAACACUUCUGUAACAGCAUCGGUAUACUGCAGCAGUGCUCAGUGCCGAGCAAAUUUCCCGGCUUUGAACGAGCCGGCUCCCAGACUCCACAGCAAAACCAGCAGGAAGAUUAUGCACAAUUGUUUUCCACCUUGAUCACACGAUGUGCCAAGGACAUCGAUACACUCAUCGAAUCUCUACCCAGCGAAGAAAGUUCCAUCGAGCUGCAAGUGCAGGCAUUGAAGCGGCUAGAAAUUGAAAAUCAGGAAUCGGCUGAGAAAUUAGAAGAGGUCGUGCGAAAAGGCGAAAUGUUGCUCGAAAAAAUUCAGGCCGCCCUCAGCGAUAUUGCCCAAUCUCAGCUGGACAUGCAGUAUUCCUCAUCGCCCAAGAAGCAAUGAUCGGCCAGCCAUAGCAAAUUAAAUAGUUCAAUCAAAAAAGGGACGAUUUCUUUCCACCUAUCUCAAUCUCUCUCGCUGUCGAGAAAGACACAAACGCCGCAAAGAAGAACGACAAAAUGAAUUCGUUAUUUUCAGUUUUUUGUUUGUAUCUUUACGUUCUUAUGUAUCAAUUAAACUAGUGAUAAUAUUUACAUUUGAUGAACACUUAAGAAGUAACACUUAACGAUAAGUUAAUAAUAAAAGCAAGAUAGAAAAAACAUCGAAUUGCUUUCC